GUACUCUGAGACAGAAGACUCAGUUAACCCAUACCUGGACCCCAAACAAAAUCUAUGAUAUAUGUAUAUAUCAUAGUGUGUGUGUUGCCAGGCUGUGGGCAGCCUCUUAUUCUGAGGGUGGUCACUAGGCAACAACAUCAGAAAAAGAGGAACCACAAUCUCAUAGAUUUGCUUCUCUGUGUUUUUGAGUAAUCUUAUGAUCAUUCUUUUGGAUUCCUUUUCGUGUAUUUCAUCAAUCUCUUUGUCUUCACAUUCUAAUAUUGAAGUGUUGUUGUGUUCCUUUUGGGGAAUCACAUUGUCUCCCUUGUUCAUGUUUCUUGUAUCUCUACAUUUGUUUGUAGGCAUCUGUGGAAUCACUUGCUGGUUUUCUCCUUUGAGGACUUUUAUCUUGAAAUAUGCCUCUAUAGCUUAGUGGAAGGCCUUCAACACAUAUCCAGAGGUGGAUCCUGGGGCUAGGGAACUCUGGAUAGUGUUCAAGGUUCAAGGGUGGAAUAAGUCCAGAGUGACACCAAAGUUGGGCAUAGUAGAUCUACUCUAUCAUCAGCAGGGAGGAAGGUAUGUUAGAGGAGACAUAGGCUGGUAUAUUCACAGCCUUAGCCCCUCUCUGCCAAGGCAAUCCAGCUGCCUAGGGUGAGCCCACAGUGCCUGCACACCUCACCCACUGAGGGGCAUGAACCACACAAAGGAUCUAUGCACUCUCAGUGUGAACAUUGAGCUGUCUGCAAUGAUUCACACAGCAAUCAAGGAACUCUGAUACUGUGAAACCAAACCCAUUGAUUGCCCCAAGACCCAGCCACACCCAAUACCCUAUCACACAGUCACAUGCUGCCCUCAGUCACAGGCCAGAGGGCUCUCACAGUCACAGGAGCAGGGGAUCCACUCUCAGCACUAUGAGCCUCGAGGAGGGUCGUGGCUUUCGUGAAGCCGGCUGCCCACUGGACAGAGGUCAGUCUGUGUUCUACCUUGGAAAAUUUGAGUCAGACAGCUUGAUAGGAUGAAGGGAGGGAGGAGAACAAUGUGCCCUUGCAUCACAGAUCUAAGUGGGCACCCGAACCCUACCAACCCUAAAGCCAGAAUCAAAGUCAGUAGGGACCAUGGAUUUAUCUCUUCAAUAAAAUCCCCCAGUCACACACAGGCUACGGCAGCCUCUAUUCACCUUAUUAAGAUGGUACUUCCUGCUGUUUGCUGGGCACUUUGGUGGGGGGAAGGGUGGAAAACAGGUUAGGUGGGCAUCCCUUCCCCUACUUAUGCUUCACAUUCAAAGUCAGGGGAGACGAGAGUCUCUCCCUCAGGCAAUAUCAACAAUGACAUGGGCUGCCAUAGGUUCCUCUUACCUUGCUCCAAGAAGAUGGCAGUUUUACCACAAAGGGCUAUGGGAGUUGCCAGUGGUGUCCUACAUGUUGCUGUGUGAUUGUACUGUCUCCACAGUCUUUCCCUGUGCUUUUGGUAUCUUCCCAUGGUCAAAAUCAACAUGUAUUUUCCCUAUUCAGCUAUCUUGGAACUUCUCCAAAAUUUCUCUAUUUUUUUUUUACCUUUUUAAAAAUUCACUUAUUUAUUUGAAAGGCAGAGUUACAGAGAUGAAGAGGCAGAGACAAAGAGAAAAUUUUCCAUCCACUGGUUUACUCCCCAAAUGGCCACUACUACCAGAUCUACACCAAUCCGAAGCCAGGAGCUUCCUCUGGGUCUCCCACAUGGGUGCAGGGGCCCAAGCACUUGGGCCAUCCUCCACUGCCUUCCUGGGCCAUAGCAGAGAGCUGACUGGAAGAGGAGCAACCAGGACUAGAACCCAAUGUCCAUAUGGGAUGCCGGCGCUGCAGGCGGAGGAUUAACCAAUCAUGGACACAGGAGGAUGCAACCCCGAUGGACCUCCAUGGCGAGAUAAAAAGAGGCAAGAUCUCCAAGAGAUGCUGAGAGAAGCUGGACUGGCUAUUGAGUACUGGUUGCCAAAGCUGCAGGAACACUUAGGUGUGACCUGUGCCCAGGCCUUGCAACACCUUGAUGAAGAGGACCUCCAGAAGCUGAAAUCCCAGGUACAACAUCCAUGGGAGAAAAGGGCCCUGGAGAAACUGCUGGAACUGUCACAGUCUGGUCUUUCAGAGUCAAAGCAGUCUCCUGUGGAGCUGAUAAACCAAAAGCAGAUGCAGGCACAACAGGCCCUGCAGGGACUGAGAGACUUGCUGUCAGAAGGUAGGCAGAGACAGGAAGAGGCAGUGAGGAGAAGGGAAGCAGAGCUGAGGCAAGCAAUGGAGAUCCCUGAGGAGUACUGGCCACCACCUGAAAAGCCCCUUCAGGAAGUCAUGGAAAACUUGCAGAGACAACUGAAGGUCACAGAAGGGACACUGUCCCACAGGCAAAACCUCCCAGAUAGAGAUCUGGUGAAACGGGCAUCUGGAGGGCUGGCCCUGCAGGGAAUUUUCAAAACCAGCCACCAAAGGGACCUGCUGGAGAAGAGGGAGGAACUACUCAGUUUGCCUGAGGAAUUCUCACUCCUUGGCCCUGAGCAGAGCACACGGAUGGAAACAAAAGAAUUCACCUCUUCUCAAGCAGAGUCCAUGUUCACUCAGAGUAUAGAGAAGCUGGGCUUUAGUUUAACUACCUCAAUCAAGGGUGGAGGCUGGGGAUUCAGUCUAGAAACUGAUAUACAUCACAGUACAAGUUCAGAAUCCAAAGAAACCCAACAGUCACAAUCUGAGCACACUUAUUUCUGUUCAACCAAGUUCAGCUACAUCCCUCUCGCUUCUUGCUACUUUUCCCUGGAUCAUCUCCAGUUAUCCAAGGCAGCUCUACAUGAGUUGAAAUGCAUUGAAGACCUGCAGGGUGAGAACCCAGGCCCAGACAGACCUUCCAAGCUGAGGCACAAAAUUGAAAACUUUUUCCACAGGUUUGGCUCUCAUGCUAACCAAGGUCCUCUGCACCUGGGAGGAAUCUUCUGGUGGAAGGCCAUUUCAGAAGGGUUCCAGAAGCAGCAACUGGCAGAUGUGAAACAGCUAUCAGCACAGGCUCUGGAUACUUACAUGAGGGGAAGCUACAGUGGCUCUAUAGUGAAUAUUGCUGCAGGUGGGGAUGUGUCAGGCUCUCAUUCAAAAACAGACACUCACAGAAAAAUUUUCCAAAACCUCAAAACCAAAGUGCAAUUGUCUGUAGCCCAGACAGGUGGCCCACCAGAAGCAGAUGGUCUUUUCCAGUGGAAAGCUGGCCUUGUUGCCAGCAAUCAAACCUGGUGUGUCAUUGAUCGGGGACUUCAACUAGUACCAAUUUGGGAAAUGAUCCUCAUUAGACAUAGAAGUGAUUUUAAGGAUGCUCUUCAUGUGGCUAACUGCCUGAAAAACACCUACACUGCUAUGUUGAGCCUCAAUGCCAAGAGGCAGGGUAAAGAGGAAUUACUGAGUGCUGGAAAGGAGGCUAGGGAUUUUCUAGAGGAUGUGAAGUCCUGGGAGGUAUCUGAUCCUGAAGAGCAACUCAAAAAAUUAGUAAAUGCCAUGCAAAUGUCAAGUGAAAAAUCAAAUGGUUAUGACACAUGGAUUAAUAUAUAUCUCACAGAUGUGCAUCUACAAAAUUUUAUAGUAAAUAUUAUCAACUUUUGCAAGAAAUCUUCUAUUUAUAAUACAAAUUUCAUUAAAUCUCAAUUACGCAGUCUUCUAGAUCCUCACAUCUACAAAGUUACAAACUUUCCUCAAGUUCACUCCAUCAUACAUUGGAUCUUCAAGUCAGAGACAGAUCCAGAGCAAAUCUGUAUCUCCCAAUUUUCUGAAUUGAUUAACAUAUUUAGAGAAAACUACAACAAACUCCUGGAAAUGAAAGUGAAAUCUGAGUCCCCAGAAAACAUGGAAGAAGCUCAAAAAAAAGCAACUUAUGAAAUCACCUCGGCUCUCAGCUGCUUCUUAAACUACCUCCAAGAAGCAAGACAGAGAGAUACACAGCUCUUGAUAAUCUCCAUUGCCACUGGUGCAGGAUAUCAUGUGCUGAGCAAUACUUUUCAGUAUUUACUGGGAUGUGAUGAGUUAAAGUUCCUCCUGAAUGAAAUGCAAACAGCUCAAAGUAAAUACCAAGAGCUCAAACAGAUCUGCAACUUCAGGGCCCAUGCAUUCCUGGUGCUCACCAGUCUGACAGCCACAGCUGGAGUCACAGCUAUUUCUCCAGAAGAAAAAAAACAAUGCCUGGCAUUAGUGAAACAAUACCUAGGACAAUCAUUGUCUGAAGAGGUGGCACAUGUCCUCACCAAAGUUGAAGCAGAUCAUGACUGGGAACGCCUAGAAGAAAACCUGAGAUUGCUCAUUGAUGGGGAUUAUGAAGCCACAAAGCCAACUUUGCAAAUGGAUGACAUGAGAAAACAAUUGGAAAACAUCUUUUGUGAGAAGAAACCACCUCAUGAACCAUAUGAUAAUGACAAUAAUCAAUGGGAAAUAAUGGAAAACAGACCCUUCCUAGACUUACUCCAACAGCUAGGCCUAGACCAUUACUAUCCAAAAAGGAUGAGCAAAGCUAACUUUCAUCAGAUCUACAACACUUCUGUGUACAACACCCAGCCCAGCUCUGAACAGGACCUUCCUUUUUAUUUCCUGCAGAAGCUGCUGAUGCUGGAUUAUGGCCUGAGAUAUUUGGGCUUCAUGAAUGAUGCAGACACAGAUCACCAGGUUGACUCAGGAUCUUCCAAUCAAGAAAAUGAGGAUGUAGAUCCAUAUAAAGAAUUGUUUGAAGGCACUCCUAGACCCACUAAGACUUCAAGUACUGAAAUAAGGCCCAACAUUCACCCAAUGGAUAUUCAGAUGGCAAUUUUUCACUGUGCAGAUGAUUUUGCCAGGCAAUAUAUUUUAACCAAGCUUUCCAUUUGUCAAUUUGCCCUCCCCCUUCUGGUGCCAAAUCCGUGCACUUCUCAAAUUGAAUUCUCCCUCUGGUCUCUCAGGCAAAUCAGGAGAAGUUGGCAGCAAGUCAGCAAAUCACCAGAUAGGAAGAAGAACAAUUACAAGAAUCAGCAGAUGUGUUGUGUCUCUACCUCCAUUGUGUCCUUCAUUAGAGUUGGAAAUGGCUUAUCUGCUUCCAAAUCUCAGAUCAUGAACUGCAUUCUAAGUAAACAUAAACAUGAUGUGUUUUUUCACCGCCACUGCACAGGAAGUACAAAAGACUGUCUCUUGAUGGGGGGUGUGGUGGAAAUCUGCUGGUUCUGUCCUGGGGUGGGGAAUGAGAACAGAUUUGACAACUGUGUGACCUUCACCAAUCUUCAUGGAGAUGCAAAGGAACACCCGCAGCAGCUCAGCUUCCUGCAGGAAAUCUCUUCUCUCAUUGUGGUCCUCAUGUCUGUUUCUGAUGACAAUGAAGAAAAUCGGAAGAUUGUCCGUUAUCUAUACAAGUCAUCAAGGCCCUUGAUCUUCUUGCUUGAUGACAAAGAAAAAACCAUGGCCAAAAACCCUGGUCAAAAAGUGAGUAUUGGCAUCAGGAACAGAAAUGAGGCAGAAUUGACAGAGGAGAUCACAACUGCUAUCCGACGUUUGUUACAACCCGUUACCACUGCUCUCAGCUUAGAGGACUGUUCCCAAAUUGCUCGCAAGCAAGGAUUCCUUAUUGACGAAGACCAGAGAGACUGCAAGGAAGCCAAACAAAAGGCACAGACGACACUGGAACACCUGUCAGCAAUGAAGUUACCUCAGAUUAAGGAAAACGUACUGCCCCUUCAAGGACAUCUGUGGCAACUUUGGUGUAAGAAGGACAAAGAACUCUACCAUCUGAGAGAGAAGGGGAAUCGGAGCAUUGAACAACACAAGAGUGACAUUGAAACCGAGAAACAACAAAUAAGGCAAGAUCAAUUGAAGAGGGCAUUUCCCCUCAAUGCUUUCAUGCAAUCUGUCCUUGACAUUCUCCAAGAACAUACAGGAACUCAGACCAAACUCUUCUUCUUACAGUGGCUGAAUAUGUUUUUGGAAACUUUGACUGCAGGACACUUAGAAAAACUGUGUGAGAGACAAAGAUCACUGUGGUUUCAGCCACAAACAGAAAAAAAGAUGUCCAACAGUAACUCUCCAAGUGACUUGCAAAAUGCAAUAGAAGUCAUUUCCAAAGAGAUUAGUAAUUGUACGCUGGGAAUUGAUCAAAUACUCAGAGAGGUUGGCCAGAUCUAUGAAGCUCUGGAAGAAGUUUCUAACACAAGGGAUACUCUCUUUCUCCACCUUCCACAAAUUGCUGCAGAUCUGAUGAUAAAUGGUGUUCCCAUUGAGCUGAUGGAUGGGGAUGCUUCCUAUGUGCCUCUAAAGUGGGUGACAGCUGUUUUUGACAAGCUUGCUGAGAAACUUGGAGACAAAAGGCUGUUUGUUCUCUCUAUCCUUGGCCUGCAGAGCUCAGGGAAGUCCACUCUGCUGAAUGCACUUUUUGGGCUGCAGUUCACAGUCAGUGCAGGCAGGUGUACACGGGGAGCCUACAUGCAGCUCCUGAAGGUGGAGGAGAAAAUCACAGGGGAACUUGGCUUUGACUUUGUGCUUGUGGUGGACACUGAAGGCCUCCGGGCACCAGAGUUCAGCAAUAAAUCCCAGAUCCGAGACAAUGAGCUGGCAACCUUUGUCAUUGGACUAGGAAACUUGACUCUGAUCAAUAUUUUUGGAGAGAAUCCGUCAGAGAUGCAGGAUAUCCUACAAAUAGUUGUCCAAGCCUUUCUGAGGAUGAAACAGGUGAAAAUCUCACCAAGUUGCCUGUUUGUCCAUCAGAAUGUGGAGGAAGUUACAGCUGAAGAUCAAAUGAUGGAGGGACGAAGGCGAAUGCAGCAGAGACUAGAUGAAAUGGCAAAAUUAGCAGCAGAACAAGAACAGUGCUCAGACAUAAACCGCUUCAGUGAUGUCAUUAAGUUUGAUGUCAACACUCACGUGUACUAUUUUGCUCACCUCUGGGAUGGCGAUCCCCCCAUGGCUCCUCCUAAUCCUCGCUACAGCCACAAUGUCCAGGAACUAAAAAGCACAAUUCUUACGACUGCCAAAGAGGAAUCCGAGGGAAACAUCAUGAAGAUAUCAGAUGUAAAAUUCCGUAUUCAAGAUUUGUGGAGAGCUCUGGUGAGUGAGAACUUUAUUUUCAGUUUUAGAAACACCAGGGAGGUCAUGGCUAUGAGCAAACUGGAAACUAUGUAUAACCACUGGACCUGGCAACUGAGGAGUCAUGUGCUGAACUUGCAGAACCAACUCAGAAAACAGAUCGAGAAUGGAAAAAUCCAGACACUCACAACUAACAUAAUACAGGCUCCAGUUAUAGAAAAAUAUGAAGACAUCAAGCAAGAAUUUGAAAAGUUUUUUUGUGAAGAUCCAGAGCGUGAAAUACUGAUUCAAUGGAAAGUAAAUUUUGAACAUAAGCUCACUAUGCUUAAAGAGACACUUAUUUCAGAGAGCCAAAGCAAAGCUAAUGAACUUAUCAGUUUAAAAGAGCGUCAAGAAAGGCUGAAUAAGAAAAUGAUAAAUUAUGAAAGAGAACUAUUGGAAAAGAGCAGGAAAUUGGCUUUAGAUAUAAAGGAUAAAGAGUUAAGUGAGAGAGAGUUACAGGAGAAAUUUAAUCAACUAUGGGUAAAAUGGGUCUAUGAUGUGCCCUCCAGCAACAAUCAAGUCAAAGAACCUACCAUUGAUUGGGACUUUGAAAGUAUACUUUUAGAUCAUUUUUCAAAAGAGACCAAUUUGGUGCAAGCACUGAUGAAAAAUCCUAGAAAGAAGUUUGAAAUCAAUUAUGAUGAACAUGUCAAAAUGAGUAAGAGAUACUACUUUUUCACAAAGCAUUUAGAGGCCCAUGAUAGAGAGUCAAUAAAAAUGACUCACACACUUAUCAUUAAAAAAUUUAAUGCAAUUAUUAAGAAAUAUUGGAGGGAACAUAGUGAUUAUGAUCCAAGUUAUUUCCAUGAAAUACUGAAGCUAGUAGAUGAUGAAGUGAAAAAGGGAACUACAGAGGAAAGAUACACAUUUACAAGCAAAUAUAUCAUUGAAUUAACUUUGUGCUUAUUCAAAAGAGCAUCAGAGGAAUUUAAGGAAAUACACAAGGCAUUUAAGAGAGCCAAUGAUCCUGUGUACUAUCUAGAAUGUAGGAAAGAUAAUUUCUUCAUGAGUUUUAAAAUCUCCUGCCAAGGAGCAACUUCCAUCACAACAUUUGUUGAUUUUCUGUGGAACAAGCUAACUCCAAGUGUUGGCAGCUCCACACUGGAAAAUAUGAGCCUUAAAAUUGCUGGAGACAUGAGAAAUAAUUGCCCUGAAUUCAAUGGAAACAGAGCUAACUUAGAGAAACACAUUCUCAUCUCUCUGGCAGAGGAAGAAAACUUUGAAAAGUACUGGCAAUACCUUCAUGAUCCAGAAUCAUUUUUUAGGAGUUACAUUGAAACUGAAAUCAUAAAAUACUGUUCAGGAAUAGGGAGAAAAAAAAUAAAGACUCUUUUAAAAAUAAGUUUAGAAGACAUCAAGAAUGCCCUCCUUUGUUCCAUUCACGAAUCCACAGCAGAAGCUAAAGACAAAAACAGCACCACAUCUGAGUGGCUGGAUCUGUUCUGUGGUCUCCUGGAGAGCAAACUGAUGUUUCCACGAAGUGACUUGAUAAGCAUUGAACACCAGGAGAUUAAAGACAUGGAAUUUCUCAAGGAAGCCAUGAGUGCAGCUUUGGAUCCUGCAAUGAAGAAAAUAGAAGAAGAAUUUUUGAGGAUGCCUGGAGAAGGACUGGUUCCUCCAAUUGAGGAAAUACUCUCUGAACACCUCUGUGGCUGCUGGAAACAAUGUCCCUGCUGUGGAGCAAUCUGUACAAACACAAUUCCUACUCAUGAGGGAGACCACAGUGUUCCCUUCCACCGUCCUCAGGCACUCAAGGAAGUUACAUGGGAUGAAACAGACAACUUUGUCAUUGAUUGCUGUACUAGUUUGGUGUCAAGUGAUUGCUUAUUAGUUCUCGGUGAUGGCCGGAAAAUCCCAUACAAGACCUAUAGAGAAGCAGGAGGGGAAUAUGCCACAUGGAACAUCACUCCAGAUUCAUCCACACAGCCCUAUUGGAAAUGGUUUGUCUCUCACUUCAGAUCAAAUCUAGAAGAAAAAUAUGGGAAAAAAUUUACAAGUAAAGGUAAAAUCCCUGAUGCCUGGGCCAAAAUCACAAAGCAGGCUGUGCUUGAUGAUUUGAAAAAAAUGUGGCACUUAGUGGCCACAAAAUAGCCUCAGGUCAGGGGGCUGCUGGGCCUGUAAAGCCUCUACCUGCAGUGCUGGCAUCCCAUUUGGGCGUCGAUUCAAGUCUUGGCUGCUCCACUUCUGAUCCAGGUCUCUUCUAUGGCCUAGGAAAGCAGUACAAGAUCGCCAAUGUGCUUGGGCCCCUGCACUCAUGUGGGAGACCUGGAAGAAGCUCCUGGCUUCAGAUCGGUGCAGCUCAGCUAUUGUGACCAUCUGCAGAGUGAACCAGAGGAUGGAAGAUCUCUCUCUCUCUCUCUCUCUGCAUCUGUUAUGCUGCUUUUCAAAUAAAUAAAUAAAGCUUUUAAAAAAGAGCCUCAGGUCUUAACAAAAGAAUCACAGUACCUGAACAACCCUAACACACUUCCUCCUCACAGUGAGAACCUCCAUACUGCCCUUUAAAAAACAAAACAUACAAACACAAGACCAUUAUCUGUUCACGAGUUGAAGACUUCAUGUGAAAGAGCAUUUCUCUCUUGGGGCCUGCGCUGUGUCACAGCAGGUUAAUGCCCUGGCCUGAAGGACAGGCAUCCCAUAUGGGCGCAGGUUCUAGUCCCGGCUGCUCCUCUUCCGAUCCAGCUCUCUGCUAUGGCCUGAGAAAGCAGUAGAAAAUGGCCCAAGUCCUUGAGCCCCUUCACCCACGUGGGGAAACCAGAAGAAGCUGCUGUCUCCUGGCUUCGGAUUGGCACAGCUCUGGUCGUUGCGGCCAGUUGGAGAGUGAACCAUUGGAUAGAAGAAGUCUCUCUCUCUCUCUAUCUCUGCCUUUCCUCUGUCUGUGUAACUCAGACUUUCAAAUAAAUCUUUAAAAAAAAAGAA